UAAAAAUUAAUGUAAUAUUGGCAGCCAGAAAGUUUUUUUUUUGACUUUGCUAGGGAUGGUUCUUGGCACGCGCUUCGUGGACUGCCAUUCUCUACUUCAGUCCGUAUCCACCAUUGUUGGGGUCAUCCAAUUGCUCGAUUUUGGGUCAGAAGAAAGUAAGUUUCUGGGUUUAUUUUAUCAUUGUUUAAAAAGAACGAAAAAUAAAAGAGGGUUGCCGGUUAUAAGUCUCAUUUUGGUUUCUUGAAUAAACGACAAAUUUUGGAAAAUACUUGGCCUAAAGUACACUUAAAAUCAGGCUCCAUUUCUACUUUAAUAGACAAGGACUAAAGCUAUGGAAGAGAAAAGUGUUCUGUCAUAUUUUGAUGGUGACUUUUCGCACCUGCAGCUUAAUCCCUCAGUUUUUUGUGAGUGCAGAGAGUUUUUCAUCCAUACUCAAUCGAGCGCUUGGACAGAAAAAAACGCUCUUUUCCUUCAAUCCUAUAAAUUCUUAGAGUAUUCUUUGGUUCAUCCUACACUCGAUGGCCCUACCCAACUCGCUUGUUUUGACACCAUAAGUGUUUGGCUGCGGAGGGUAUUUACCGCAUGUAAACAAGAUGUGAGAUUUAAGCAGAAUGUCUGGGAAUCUGUAGAACGGCCGUUUUGGUCGAUCCUUUUCAACUUGCCAUCAACAAGGGCAUCAAUCCCCGGUGUCACGGGAGUUCAGUUGGCGGUGAAAGACUUAUUUACUAAAACAUUACAGGUUUAUUUGCUUACUUGUCCAGAUGAAGAGAUUAAGAAAAAUACAUUAGUGCAGCUUUUACAACAAUCCUUGUGUUGGGAUAGGCACGCAAAGGUUGUGUGUACCGCUAUUCAAAUCCUUGUUAAGUACACUGGAGCAGAAUCUGUUUUUUCGUUUCAACCUGAUUUCAUAUCUCGCUCGAUAAAAUACUUAAAGGAUUAUAGCUAUGCACAAGCUAUAUCAACUACGGUGUUAACUGUUUUAGGCUUGUAUUACCAAACAUUGUGUGAUAAAUACGAUGACAAAGAAGUUGCCGAGGAUGAGUGGAUGAACUUGUGGUGUCCUGAAAUUCUUACUGAAUUUUAUGGAGACGAUCGCCAAACACAAAGUGGAAUGUCCUCCUUCUUAAUUCCAUCGUUACUUAGUGUCUCUCCUAAUAUCACACCAAAAUUUCUGACAGCUUUACAAAGAUAUCCAGAUGCUUCAAAGGAUGCGAAGGAUGCUGCUUGUUUGUUUGCACUAAAGAUUGCUAAAGAUGGAAAGCUUAUACAGCACCUUGAUCUCAACAAUGAACAUUCUUUCCUUCGAAGUCUUAUAUUACACAAAGACGCAAAAAUACAACUAGCCUGUUUUAAUCUAAUUGCUCUUUGUCCAAAUAUAUCUACUCCUUUGACUGUCGAGGAAUUUGAUUGCAUUGAAUCGAGAAUUCAGUUCGCUUUUGGAAUAGCCGAUUCCGACACCAGACAAAUCCUCUUAAAAUCAAUGCAUGACUUUUUUGUUAGGAUACGGGCUUCUUGUCAUGCUCUUCAAAGAAACAUUAGAUACAAACGCAGUCCUUCCAUUUCUGAGGAUGCUAAAAUUAUCGAAAGAUCCCAAAGGUUUUUGGAGCAUUUUAUUUCUGUAUGUAUUGGAUACUUACACCCGACUUGCAACUACCAACAAGUGCUUUCCUCACUCGGUUUUCUUAAAGCCUUGGUGACUUUAGGAUUGGAUGGAUUGGUAGAAGAAUCAAUGAUGAAAGAAAGACAACAUUCUUUUCCAUUUCAAAUCCAAAUUUUAAACAAGGAUUUAACUCGAAUCCUAAUUGAUCGGUUGAUAGAUCCUUAUGAUACUAUUCGUGAUCUUAGUUUAAGUAUUUUGCUAUCUUAUAAAGAUUUACCUGGUCAUACAAAUUCUGAAGAUUUGCGAUUCUUAUUCAACCACGGUCUUCGAUUGCUCAACUCUGUCAGGGUCCAUGAAUGUGAAGGUGGUGCUAAGACGAUAUGCCUUUGUAAUCAUUUUAUGGAGAAAUUACAGCCAGGAAAUACUUAUAAAAAUAUAAGGACAAUUUUAGAUCUUUUGCAGGGAAAUGUUGAGGCCGCCAGAAAAUCAUUACUUCAAGCUGCUGUUAGUUAUCCAAUCCAAGGAUAUUUGAUCCAAUUAUCUUAUACGUUUUCUGGUUCGUCGAUCUUUUCUUUUUUGAAAAAUAAUGAUAAUGAAUGGAAGAGUUUAAUUAUCGAAAUUUUGCAAUUGUCCGAGUCUGUCUGGUUGCUUGUUAAAGAUAUACUUUGUGAUGAUUCUCCUGAAGGAAAUUUACCCAAAGGCCAAGAAGAUAGUGGAGUGUCCGAAAAUUUGGAAGAUACCCCUGCUCAGCUGAUUCUAAGUUAUUCAUGGAGAAGUAUUAAGGAAAUAUCAUCCUUAUUAUCCAUGAUUCUUAUUAAAUGCAACUCUUUCUACCCGGAUGUAUUUGAAUAUUCAAGUUUGGACCAUUACGGUUUUUUGAUGAUGAGUUGGCUUUGGGAAAUUAGGCAUCGUGGAGCUUUCACUAGUGUAUAUCCUUGCUUUGUUAGCUACUGUUCUUUCUUGUUUGCUAUGAAAGAUGAAACUUUAUCUCGAAUGCCAAUUCCUUGGUUACAAAAAAACAUAGACGUCAUCCAAGAGAAGUCUUCAUUUAUUACUCGGAGAAGCGGCGGUAUACCCUUUUCUAUUACCGGCAUUCUGGUGGCCGGCAAGGAAAAAAACAAAGCUUUGUUAUCUAAAACUAUUUUGACCCUAAUUGAUUUGGCUAAAGAGAAAAUAAAUGUGGCUGACUCAGAUGCUGGAAAAGUCGAACUUCCACAAGUUCAUGCUAUGAAUAGUCUUAAAACAAUAUUUACAGAACAUCGACUUUCAUCUGUUUCAUUGGAAUAUUUGGAACCAGCUAUUGCGUUAGCUAUUGAAGGAUUCUCCCAUGAACUGUGGCCCAUUCGGAAUUGCAGUGUAAUGCUUUUCACGGCGUUGAUGAAUAGGUCGUUUGGUAAUAAACGGCCCAAGGGAGUAGUUAACCUAGGAAACACUAAAGGUCUUUCAACGAAGACUUUCUUUAGUAAGUUCCCUUCAUUAAGGCCGUAUUUGUUAAAGGAGCUACAAAAUAGUGUUGAUACUUUACGCUCUAAUAAUCAGGCAAGUACAGGUCUAUAUCCGAUUCUAAAUUUGUUUUCUCGUCUGCAAUAUGCUUAUACCUAUCCAAAUGAGGAAGAGUGGGAAGGUGUAAAAGAGUUUGAGCCUUUGCUACUACAAUGUACAGCCAGUAAAAUUUGCAAGGUCCGAGAGAUUGCGGCGUUAUCACUAACUUGCUUAAUUGAUGGAUCGCAUUUGAGAGAGUUCGUCGUUACUCAAUUAAAGAAUGUUGAAGUUCUAACGCAAAACGAACUGCACGGUCGUUUGUUGACAGUUCGAGCAAUGCUGGCUGGACUGCUAUCAAACUUAACAGGAGAUUCAAAAAAUGUAUUCUUUGACAAAGUUUCUUUGACUUUGCUGAGCUGUUUCUCUGAAAUUACAUCAAACAAACGAAGCUUUUAUAUCAAAAAGUUGUUUUUGGAAAUUAUUCAAAAUUACUUUAUGCUACAUACCGAUAGGGAUGCUAAAAGGUUGCAACAAUUAAGAAGAAUGACUAUGGAUUAUUGCAAGCGUAUCCUGUUCGAAAAGAAGUCAUGGCCUCUCUAUGGGCAGAGCUUCAUUGGGUUGCCUAUUCAUCUGCAAACAGCCGCAGAAAUCUUCCUACAAAACUUAAAGGAGUUUUCUAUACAUAGCGAUACACAUUCUGUCGGCUUUCUGGUUUCAAAGUUACUUAGAUACGAGUUUUAUGAAGUUCAAAUUGCAACACUAGACCACAUAUUGGAUCAUCCAAGAAAAAGGGUUAUAGUAAAUAAUCCGGAAAUAAUGCAAGCUUUGGUGGAUCUAUCCUUGGAACACCAGUGGAGUCAGCUCCGUGCACCUGCUCUUGCUUUGCUUUCAGAUCUUCUUGAAGCGAAGAAUUACAAGUCCAUGAUGUUGGAUUGUGCCAAGAUAAUUGAGGUUAUACAGUCAAAUGAAAGCUUACCGGUUCGUGAGAGCCUCUUGAUAUUAUUGGGUUCAUACCUCAAACAACUGUUCGUGGAGGGUAACGCUGAAUUUUCGAAUUAUUACUACUGUUGGGUUGAUAUUCUUCUCAAAUUUACAAAUGAAUACAUGGCGUUCUCUUCGAGAAAGGCUGCUUUAAGCUCACUAAUUCAUUUUGGAAUCAGCUUUUCUAAGAACUCAGAUACAAUUAACUUUACUGGAUUUUGUAUACUACCGUUAAUAUAUGGGGAUGUUUUGAACGAUGAUGACGAAGAACUUCGACAAGAUGCUGUAACAUACGCUUGUGAAGUUCUUCAAGUGUCUGAUCUUUGUAUCAACGAAGUAUGGAGUUUGUGGAAACAAGCAACCAAAGAAGCAUUCGGGAGUUCAUCUGAAUUUCAAGCUUGUGUAAAUAAACGGAUUAUUGUUCACAACGGAUUAGCAAAGGCUUCCCAACAACUUAAAAGUGUAUUAAUACGCGAUUCUGCACUGUUUGAAACAGAACGUCAGAAUUUGUACUAUUCAGACUAUCAAAAAUUACAGGAUCUGUUGUACUAUGCUUCACCAUCUAGCGAAGAACUACGAAGCUGGGCUCAAGACGGAAUCGAAUCGAUCAAGCAAUGCUUUACUAACGUACAGAUUGAUGGUGCAUUAGGACGUACUUCAGACCCUAACGUAUGGUAUGUCAUUUUUAGAAUCGUUCAGGUAGCGAAGCAUGUCAAUGUCUCUUUAGACGAGGUCCAUAAAUUGAUGAGAAUGAUAGAGGCUCAUCCAGAUUUCUGUUAUUGAAUUAACAAUGGAUCUCGUGACUUUCGGUAAAAAGUUAAGAGUAUUUAAACUUGAGAUAGCUGUGUCUAUAGUCAAAAAAAAAAGGAUUUCGGGUUUAUUAAAAAAUGAAUAGUCUUUUG